AUGAGCACCGCAGGCAACCCCUACUACUUCCGUCGGCGCACCAUGGGCCGAGCAGCCUCCCCGCCCACCUGGGCCUGCUACGAGCAGAUCCACGACGACGACUGCAGCAACUCCGACUCCGACUCCUGCUCGGAGGACGACGAAGACUAUCCCGACCCGCCGCGGGGCAAACAGCCCAGCGUCAGCGACUCGGAGGACAACGUGCAGCCGACCUCCUCGCCCACGGCGCCUGGAGGGGACGGUGAGCACGCCGACAUCGAUCACAUGGACAUGGACGAGGAAGGUGCCGACGGAGAGUCUAAGGAGAUACAGGUGGACAAGCCGAAGGAUGUGAAGGGCAAGCAGAGGGCGAUCGAACCCGACCCGGAGCCCCCCAGGCGCCAGAGGAAGAAGCGUCAGCGUAUGUACACCCUCCGCCCCAUCUUGACGAUCCAGAGGAGCCAAGGCUUCGUUUGGAACCAGGACCUCUUUGUUCCCCCGUAUAUCAAGGACAGAUAUAUUGCCUCGACCUCUCCUCCAAACUCUCGAGGGUUCAUUUCGUCCUCCUUGUCGUCGACCAAUUCUGCCAUGACGGACUACGAGGUGGAGGUCGUGGAGAUUCGCGUGAAAGAGGGCGAGUUGUUCGAUAUCAUUCCUUAA